ACACUUAUAAGUAAAAUCGUAAUAUUAUAUCUGCUUGUGUAAACGAAAGAAAGAAUGUCUUCGUCGACGGCGAAUCCAUACGAGAGAGCCAAAGGCGGCAGACUAACAUUCAAGGGAGGAAACGAACCCACUGCAACCAAAUCAACCAACAAGAACAAAAAGAAGAAGAAGAUUAAAAAGAUUGACGAAAACGACGCCGUAGAAGGAAACACUGAAACACCAUCAGCAACCGCGGAAGCCGGCGGAGGAUGCGAGGACGUAUAUACUAUAGACGCCGCGAAGAAGCGGAAGUACGACGAGCUGUUUCCUGUAGAGGCAAAGAAAUUUGGGUACUAUAAGGACAAGGAGAAGAGUGUUGGUGAUUUCAAGAGUGUGGAGGAUGUUCUUGAUGAUCGCGUCAAAAAGAAGGCUGAUCGCUAUUGUAAAUGAUUUUCAGGUCCGCUUCUUCAUUUGUUCUAGUGAUUAUAUUAAUCCUGUAGAUUGUUAAUGUGUAAUUUUUGUUAGAAUUGCGAAAUCAAUUAUCUGAUAAAUUUAGGGUUUUCAUAUCUUUCUAAUUUGGCUGAUUCCUGAAUUAAGUUAUCUAAUCUGAUUGAUAUUUUACUUA